AGCACCAGCAUCGCGAAUUUAGGAGAUUUGUUCAAAGUUGUCAGUAGAGACAUCUAUGAGCAUGGAGCAUGAGAAUAACCUAAAUUAUUCUUAAACGAUGCAACUAAAGACUUUCUGUGACAGGGUGGUGAUCUGGUGAUCUUCCAACAGCCAAAGUACUGUUUGUAUCGGCAUUUGUCGUUUCCCAAGUGAAGUUGAAGCUGAAGUUAGCUACAGGGGUGCCACUAAAGCUAUGCGCCUUUGAAGGCUUGACUUCAGUGUCCGAAGAGACUGUCAGUCUUUCCUAAAACGUGGUCUGCGAUAGAUAUACGCUUCAGUGUAACCAUGACCCAGAAUCAUGUCCCUGGCAUGGAGACGUCGGCUGUAUCCGUUCUCAAGAGAGCUGUAGAGCUGGACCACAGCUCGCGGUUCCAGGAGUCACUCGUGUGCUACCAGGAAGGAAUCCAGCUGUUAUUGGACGUGCUCAAAGCCAUCAAGGAUGACUCAAAGAAAGCCCACUACAGGGAGAAAAUCAAGGGUUACAUGGAGCGGGCAGAGCAGAUUAAAGAUCAUCUGACGCGCGAGAAAGAAGAGGGUAAAUAUCACGAGCAGAUUAAAAUAUCAGAGAACGCCACGGGCUUCAGCUACGAUGUGCUCUUCAAGCCUUACAUCAGCGAGACCCUUACGGAGGUGUGGGUGGAGGAUCCUUACAUCAGACACAUACAUCAGCUGUAUAAUUUCCUGCGCUUCUGUGAGAUGCUGCUGAAAGCCCCCUGCAAAGUUAAGAAGAUUCACCUCCUGACCUCCCAGGAUGAUGGUGAGAACUCUUCCCAGCAAAGCAGUGCCUUGGCUGAGAUAAAGCAAUCUCUACAGAGCCAGCAGGUGACCCUGGACAUCCAGUACUCCUCCACCAUCCACGAUAGGGAAAUCAGGUUCAACAAUGGCUGGAUAAUCAAGAUAGGAAGAGGAUUAGACUUCUUCAAAAAGCCAAAGGGUCGAUUCUCCAUUGGGUAUUGCGACUAUGACUUGAGGGAGUGUCAAGAGACUACAGUGGAUGUUUUCCACACAAAACACACAAAGACCACUUAGCACCGAGUUCCGCUGUCCUAAAUCCCCCAGAGAAUGUUCUACAGUCUACACAGUAUGAAAAAUGCUGUGCCUGUCCUGCGCUCCGAGGAACUACACUGGAACACUUGACCAAGCCAAUUCCCAUUUCCUGCCUAUUUACCAAUACUGCUUUUAGCUUGAUGGCUACAAAAAUGCUAAAACCCUAAGUGCCUGAUGCCAUGACACUGUUCUGUUUGGCUAACAGGGAGAAACUCCAGCCAGCCAGUAUGGUGCAGCAGAUUGCAUCUGAUUCUGCAAUCCUGCUAUGGAAACAGAAACCUAAAAAUGUCACACUGCUUUAAAGUGACUUCUACGAACUCCAGUACAAGACAAACACUUUGGCAGUUACAUCACGUUCAGGGCCAGGACAUGAAAGGUACCCUCUGAACCUGAAAUCUUCACUACUGUACUGUACAUGUGAUGCAGUUUGUUAAAAUGCCAUGAAGGCUGGCAGGUGCACAAUCCUAAAAAUAUAAUCUGCAGUGGAUGUGCUCUUGAAGUACCAUUCGAGUCACCUCUGUCCCAUCCAUUUUCUGGACACAAGGGAUGGUCUGGCACAGGGA